AUGGGGAACACGUUGGGCCUGGCUCCGAUGGGGGCUUUGCCCCGCCGGAGCCCCCGCCGAGAGGACCCUCUGCCCAACCCCGGGAGCUUCGAUGAGCUGCACCGCCUGUGCAAAGAUGUAUUCCCAGGACAGAUGGAGGGAGUGAAGCUCGUUGUCAACAAGGUUCUGAGCAGCCAUUUCCAGGUGGCUCACACGGUGCACCUGAGUGCCCUGGGCCUGCCUGGCUAUCACCUGCACGCGGCCUAUGCAGGGGACUGGCAACUCAGCCCCACCGAGGUUUUCCCCACUGUGGUAGGUGACUGGGACAGCAGCGGCAGCCUCAACGCGCAGGUCCUGCUCCUCUUGGCGGAACGGCUCCGAGCCAAGGCCGUCUUCCAGACGCAGCAGUCCAAGUUCCUGACCUGGCAGUUUGACGGCGAGUACCGGGGAGAUGACUACACGGCGACUCUGACCCUCGGAAAUCCUGACUUGAUUGGGGAAUCCGUGAUCGUGGUCGCUCACUUCCUGCAGAGCCUCACGCAGCGGCUGGUGCUGGGGGGAGAGCUGGUGUACCACCGGCGGCCGGGCGAGGAGGGGGCCAUCCUGACGCUGGCGGGGAAGUACUCCGCUGUACGCUGGGUCGCUACGUUGAAUGUGGGGUCAGGUGGGGCCCAUGCAAGCUAUUACCACAGGGCGAAUGAGCAGGUUCAGGUUGGCGUGGAGCUGGAGGCAAACACCAGGCUACAAGACACCACUUUCUCCUUCGGUUACCACCUGACCCUGCCGCAGGCCAACAUGGCGUUUAAAGGCGUGGUGGACAGUAACUGGUGUGUGGGCGCCGUGCUGGAGAAGAAGAUGCCCCCGCUGCCCGUCACCCUUGCCCUGGGGGCCUUCCUCAACCACUGGCGCAACAGGUUCCACUGCGGCUUCAGCGUCACUGUGGGCUGA